AUGAGUUUGUUAAGUGCUGUUAUACAUGAAGCGGAUCAAAAUAUCCAAGAAAAUGUGAAAAAGCAACGUGAAGAAAUAUUUCCGAAGUUGAAAGAUCUGAUAGAACGUAUACAGUUGUUAUCAUGGGCUUUGCAACAAAAUUUUAUUGAUACAUAUUGUAAUUUUAUGCCUACGAAAAGCUUAGAACAAAUUAAUUAUCAAAAUCGCAAAAGUAACAUUCUUUUGGAUUAUAAUAAACUACUAGAAGAUAUAAAAAUAGUGAAUGAAAAAUCUCGAACGAUUAACGAAGAGUUCUGUAAUUCUUGUAGGAAAUUAGAAAAUGCAAUGAAAGUUUUCAAUAAUUUAUGUAUUGUUGUAGAAGGUAAACAAAUAUUAGAAAAAGCGAAUCAUGAAUUUGGUCGAUAUAAUUAUAUUGAUGCUGUGUUAAGUAUAAAAGAAUUGCUAAAACAACUUAUGGUUCUUAAAUUUGAAGGCAAUGCUGGAAAGGCAUUAACAAUAUUGAUUGAUCAAGCAGAAAACCAAUUAGCCUUAUGUGCUGCUCAACUUAAUGUAGAAUGGGAGGAUAUCUUUUCUUGGGCAGAGGAAAAAAGCAUUUAUUAUUUUACAUAUUCAUUGUCUGUCCAACAAAGUGAUCCAACGCUUAUUCAAAAUGUUUUAAAAUCUUUGUAUGCUACAGAAAGACUCAAUGCAGAACUGGGGCUGUUUUCACUAUUUUUCAUUGAGAAAUUACUACAUAACCUUAUAAGGCAUAAUUGUGAUAUAUUUACUGAAGAGCAUUUGGGAGCUUUAGUGUUUAAUAUUAAAAUAGAUUUAAAUGAUCCAAAAAAACCAAACCUCCAAACAAUAUUCAAUAAUUUAACUGCAGUUUUUGAAUUUCUGCUAUCAACUUUAGGAGUGCAGUUUGAAAAUAAUAAAAAUUUCAUACAGGUAUUUGCUGAUUCAAUUAGACAAAAGUUUUUUAAUAAAAUAAUUGAAGACUGUAUUAGGAGCAACUUACCAUCAUGUGAUAGCAGCUAUCAGAAUUACAAAAACAUAGUUAUUGAGUUAGAAUCCUUUAAUAAGUUUCUCGUGGACCUUAAAUUUGUGGAAGCAAGUGAAUCACCUCUUAAAAAAUACAUUAAUGAUACAGAGUGUGUUUUGUACAGCAAGAAAUGUGACAAACUACUUGCUGAUGUUAGAGGUAUACUCGGGGAAAGCUUGACAUAUGGUACAAUUAUAGUUGGGUCCGUACCAGAGCAACCAAUUGAUUCCACAUUAGAUUCUACUAAUAUUUCUAAUAAUAAGGAUGAUCUGUGGGAUCUUAACAACCCUAUAUUUCUUCCAAAAUGUGUAAUAUCACAAAAUGUUAAGAGAAUUAUUACUAUGAUUAUUGAACAUUUGGAAGAAAGUACAAAAUUGCCAGAACAGUAUAGCAGACAGCUUAUAAUGUAUAUUAGAGAUAUAGCUGUAAUGUAUCAAUGUAUAAUACCUAAGAAAUUUAAGGUUAAUUUGGAGUUUUGUCCUUUAGAUAUUGCAUUAUUCUUCAACAACUGUUAUUAUAUGGCACAUAGCCUGCUUGGACCACCAUGGAAAAAUAUUCUGCCAUUUUCUCUAGCUGAUUUACUUACAACAAUACUUCUGGAAUGUAUUCAGGACUUAAGAGUUGUGGGUUUGGAGAAAGUGUCACUAUAUUUACAGACUCAGAAAAAUAUUAUCACUAAGAAUAUUGGAGAUACUGAACUGCCAUGGACUUAUGAUUCUUACCAAACAUUUGACUCUGCAAUAAAUGGCUCCAUAAUUCUCAUGAAGGAUCUGAAAACCAGCUGGUUCAAUAUCCUCCCUAUACGCAUGUAUGAACAUUCUAUGUGUACAUUGAUCCAAGCUUUGUGCCAAGCCAUGUUGGAUCGAAUAUUUGCAGACAGCAAACCAAUAAGCGAGGAGUUAGUUUACAUGUUGGCUAUACGGUUUGAAGAUGCUACUGCUGAUAUUGCAACUUUGUUUGAAGAGGAAGUCAAAUUAGAAGCAAAAAUAAAUGUAUGGAUUAAAUUUACGAAAAUGCCGCAGCUUUUGAAAGCUCAGCUACUUGAAAUUACAGAUCUAUGGAGUUCGGAUAAACUACUAAAAGAAAGUUAUACGGCAUUCCUGAUCAUUGUGUUAGCGAUCGUCGUCAAUGAUGGUGGCGCAACAUUACAGAAUCAAGACCAUACGGACCAACUAGCCGAGGAGGGGCAAAACAAAGCUGUGACUAUUGUGGAAGGUCCAAAGUACGUAAACCAGUCUCAAGCAAAACGGUCCCAGAAUGCUAAUAACACUCACCAACCUGAUCAGAGGCCACCCAUCAAACUACCUAUCCGUACUACCUCUGACAAUCAAAGGAACUCAUUCAAUAUACCUCAACAAUAUUACGGUCAAAGAACAAGACUACCAGCACAAAACCCAUAUCCCACAUCACCUCAUAUGUUACACCCUCCAGCAAAUUCAGUUUUAAAGUUCCCUCGUGUAAUCCCAUUGCCACAUGGACAUCAUUAUUACUCUAGUCAAUUUAGGACUCCACUUAUGUUUGCAGCUUCUACAAGCAAAUCAUUCGUAGCGAAAAGUCCAAAAUUUAGUCUUCCUGUUCAGACAGUUAACGGUAUACAUUCAGAUGUUGUGAGACCACCGAAGGUAUUUAAUUUUACAACAAUAACAACAACUACCACUACUCCUACAACUACAACACGAGUGUUGAGGACGAAAAGUAUAUGGCCGAAAAGAAUUUUAGAAAAAAUUAAUGCUACUGCUCCAUAUACGUCGAUGAUCUUAAAUAAAACUGAAACCAACACAAAUACCAAUAUAACAGACCGUGAAGCUUCUGCAAGGACACAUAUUCGGGUCAGAUUUGUAAAUAAUACUAAUAAUGAGACUAAAACAACCACAGCCCAACCGAUAACUCGAGGUAACCGCAGAUUUACAAAAGCACCUAAAGAGAAACUGACACCACCACCUAUAAACUUAGAUAAACUGAAACCUGAUGACUGGAUGCCCAUUAUACCGUUGCAUUAUCCAAAACACAAACGUCGGUCUCAAUCAAAAAUUAGCAAACGAUCAGACGUUUUCUAUCCGGAUCCAAAAAUAACACACAUGCCGAGAAAACAAACACUGUUCAUUCACUCUUAUGGGCUGUUUCCGGUAACUGCCUCUGCGCAAAGCUUAGCAACGGGAACGGAAAAGAAAAAGACGAUUUUCUUUAAGAAGAGACGCCAUAUGAAUCCGUAUCUAUAUUCUGCUUACAGUUCGAGAGGGCUGCACUCGCCAUCGAAGUAUAUAGUCGAGGACCUGCAAACGGACGACUGCAAUUAUCCGCCAAAAUUCGUCACCAAAAUAAAGCAUCAUCAUCAUCACCAUCAUCACAAAUUUAUAAAAACCGUGGAAAAACCAUACAAGGUUGAAGUACUCAAGCCUUAUCCAGUACCGAUCAAAAUUCCACAUCCGAUACCUGUGAAAGUUGUCGAAAAGGAGUACAUUCCUAGACCUUAUCCGAUAAUUCAUCAUGUACCGGUUUUGAAGCAAGUAGAAGUCAAAGUACCAGUUGAAAAGAAAGUUCCGUAUCCAGUAAGAGUUACAGUGCCUGUUGACAGGCCUGUGCCGGUUGAAAAGAAAGUCCCUUAUCCUGUGCCUGUAAAAGUUCUAGUACCUCAACCGUAUCCGGUUCAAGUAAAGGUAAAAGAGCCAGUUGAAGUGAUAAAACACGUACCUGUUAAGGUGCCUCAACCAUAUCCCGUAAAAGUGCCCGUAACCGUUGAAAAGAAAGUUCCUUAUCCUGUAGAAGUUGAGAAAAGAAUACCUGUGUAUGUGCAUAAACCUUACCCUGUGGAAAAGAAAGUUCCAUAUCCGGUCAGAGUUACAGUGCCCGUUGACAGGCCUGUGCCGUUCGAAAAGAAAGUCCCUUAUCCUGUGCCUGUAAAAGUUCUAGUACCUCAACCAUAUCCCGUAAAAGUGCCCGUAACGGUUGAGAAGAAAGUUCCUUACCCUGUAGAAGUUGAGAAACGGGUGCCUGUGUAUGUGCAUAAGCCUUACCCUGUGGAAAAGAAAGUUCUAUAUCCGGUAAAAGUGCCUGUAAAAGUGCCCGUUGAAGUUCCAGUGUAUAUUCAUCAUCCAAUCCAGAUUUUUAGCGAUGACCAUUAUUUUGUAAGCAAAGGAAAAAACUAUGUCAGAAAUACGGCUAUAUCAGACGAAAAAGUAACCAAUGCGCCACAGCAUACAGUCACUAUGCAUGGCAACACUGGUUUCACUGGCUUUCAAACACGAUCAGAUAACCCUAAGUCAUCGACGUCUACGGAAUUGCCAUAA